CUACGGGUAGUUGAUUCAGCAAAGCCUCUAUCGGCGCACGCGACGCUUGAUAGCGUAUUUAACACACGAAUUUCGAAGUAUUUUCUAAUAUUUAGUGAUUUAUAUUUGUGCAGUGUGCUAUAACGAAGAAACAUGAGGCAAUCCGGUAUAAUACUGUUAACAGUGCUCGUUGUUCAGGCGUAUUCAGCUCCGCAGUUUAUUACCUUCAGUGAGGGUAAAUUGGGGGUCAAUUUCGGUGGAUAUCAUGCUGGAGUCGGCCUUGGAGGGUUGGCUGGUGGAAAAGGAAAUACAGCUGGUGGACUCUAUGCUGAAGCUGGAACUCCUUUUGGACCAGCAGCUAAGGCUGGAUUAGGUGGAGCCGUCGAUGGCAGCAGUGGCACGGCUGGUGGAUUAUAUGCCGGUGCUACUGCAGGAGGAAAUGUGAAUGCUGCAGCUGGUCUUGGAGGCGCAGUGGCCGGAGGAAAAGCAGUCGGUGGAGGCUAUUCAACAGCUCAAUCAGGAGGACAUUCAGCAACAUCGGUCCUGGGUGGCGAAUCAGGCGCUUCAGGAUCAGCUGGAUUCUCAGUUUCAGCCCACAAAUCUGUUGAAGUACCAGUCACAGUUGUAAAAGAAACUGAAGUUUCUGUAAUUCCCGUGGAAGAAGUCAAAACUGUGCACAAGAAUGUUUAUGGAGAAACCAAAUAUGAGGCUUCUAAUGAAAUAACUCCAGUAGCUAAAGCUGGUGUUGAAGCAACAGCUAACGUAAAUGUAAAUGCCCAGCAAGGGUUUGCUAAAGAAGUCCACGUAGAACCAACAGAAGUAGUGUAUGUACGCAAACACAAGCCACACAGGCACCACGUGCACAAAGCAGUCUAUGUUGGUGGAUUCGUUGGUGCUGGUGGUGAAGUUGCUGCGCCAGAAACCAAAUCAGUUUACAAAACUGUCCAGCCUAUUGAAAAGAGAGUGGACGUUGAAGCACAUGCUGAAGCUCAUGGAGAAGCAGGAGCUGGCUAUAAUGGAGGAUACUACCAAUCACCCAAAGUUGCAACAGUCCAUAAAGAAGUGGUUGUCAAUGCAAAACCUAGUACUUUCUUCCAGGAUAUUUUCAAUAUUCCCAUUUCGACGUUAAAGGCAGUUAGUGGAUUUUUAACCAACACUGCAGAAAAUACCGGUGUGUCAGUACAAAAGUCAGCCACGUUCAAAGCAGGUGGUUACUCGGGUUUCUCCGGAAAUGCUGGAUAUUCUGGCCAUUCUGGUUACUCCAGUUAUUAUUAGAACAUAGUUUGUUUCUAUAUAGUGCAUAAGUUUUAUAAAAUUACAAUUAGGUAGUGCGGGUUAUAAAUUAUUUGUAAGAUGAAUAAUACUAUAAAUAUUAUUUUGUAUAAUUGAAAUCAUGACUAUUAUGAAAAUUGAAUAUCUUAUUUAUAUCAUUUUGAGAAACAUUAAGAGAUCAUUUACCAUUUUGCUAAUGUACUUAUGUUUUAUUUAUGGUUCGUAGGACUACGCAACAACGCAGCGUUUCAUCAGAUUAUCUUAUGUUUUGCUUAGGGUAAAUCAUGGUGAUAUUUUAUGUCGUUCUUACAAAUUGUAAUAAGCCCUGUUAGCGACUUGCAGGGAACGGCGCACUAUAAUCUUGGCCUUUCCUCUACCCUCGUAAUCUUCAUGAUAUUUUUAUCUUCUAGCUUUUAUUACGUUUUUAUUUUUUACGAGCACCCCCUUCUGGAGCCAACGCCUUCGUUGGACUUAUUAAAAUAAUAGAUAAAUUUAUACAAAAUAACAGCUGCGUUAACUCGUAAAAUUGUUGGGUUUGUUUAUUUUAAUUUUAAGGAACAUAAAAUUGGGCAUUUAUUUGGGCAGCUAUGGUACUUCCCUUGCUAAUUUGGUUUCUGUGGUCUAUUUUUUUUUUGUUUCUUUUGAUUUAGGUAAUAUUUUUUUUAAUACGGAAGUACAAUCUACAAGUUAUAAUAGUUUAUAGGCUGAAUUAUGAGUACACCUUUUUAUCUACAGCUACAUGAAACUGUUUUGUUUGGCUUUGCAAAUUAUUGGCAAUGUAAAGUGAUUAAAAAAGAUAUAUGGAGACAUUUAUUACAAAUAAAAUUGCCUGUUUCUAUAGAUAUUCAGAUUUACCUAGUGUCUAUAAAUUAUCUUAUAAACUUUCAGGAUUUUAUUUUAAGCAACAUCAACGUACAUCCAAAUUUCGUUAAAGUUCAUUAUCGCAUGA